CAGCAACUUGUGGGAUUACUAUAUUCGACACUUCCACCACACAUUCCUUUAGGAUACCAUUCUCCUACGGCCUUGUGUGCGACUCUUUAAUCUACCGAGCACGUCUAGCGAUCGCUGGUGUGGCUGGUUAAACCCCGUCGCUUUGGUCGUUGAAAUUACUAUAGGACGAGAAGUACAGAAAAGUCGCCCGCCCGACUUGACAUUGUGACAUCGCGUCAUUCCGAACUCUUUCGGCUUCGUUAGCUAUUUACUACUACUUCAUAGUAUACGAAGUAAAAAAAAACAACUGCCCAAUAACUAUCAUCCGUGGAGGGCAUUUAUUAUUGCUUCUCCUGAUGAGGGUCGGAUGAAUAAUCGAUAAUGUCAACUUCUAGAUCUGAACACUUGACUAUUGGCUACCCCCCUAAAUCAGCCAACGGUCGUUCUACUUCACCAACCGCUAACCUACCUCCGGUUGACUCGCCCGGCGCAUCUUCCGUUAGAUCUCCCUUCGGCAUGUCUGGUGUCUUGAAUCCGCCUGGUAAGAUGGCAGGUACCACGCGUUCCGGGGCUGGUUCUCCUUCGCACGAGGCUGCUGGUUCAAAUAGACUCUUCUCCAAGAGAGCAAGAGAAAUUCAAGCUCAAGAAGGUGUCCCUGGAUUGUCAGGUAACCCCUGGGGUGGCCCGCCAACUAGUGGCAACUCGACGCCUUUGAGAGAGAAUAUUCCCGAGUCCCCAACCGAUGGAUUUCCCGACUUCGCCCAAUUGCCUACUCCAGACACCAUGCCUUCGACUCGGCGUGCGCGAGCAGGCACUGUCCCUUCCCGAUUCCCUGCUGGUGGUAUAGGAAAUGGUCUUCUUAAUAUUCCCUCGGUUUCUUCACAAUCGACCCGGCCGACACCGUCCCAGAGCCCGUUUAAGUCACCGUCUCCGGGAUUGGACCCGCCAGACUCGGCUCGAUCUUCGAACCUAUUGUCGAGGCUCCGAGCUGGCUCUAUGCCGCAGCGUAGUCCCUUCUCCCACGGGCCUGGGAAUAGCUCGCCUUUCGGUCCUUCGGUAUUUAGUACAUGGAACCCGACUGGUCGUGACAGGGGUAAUACUCUUGCAAGUAUAGCAAGCAUCGGAUCGAAUGGGCCAAGCUCGCCGGCUCAGUCUGCGUUUUCGAAGGAGGGGCCUGGAGACAAUGAUGUUCAUAUGAGAACUCUUGAUUAUCUAGGUCUGGCCGAGACUCCGCAGCCAGCUCGUGCUCAGUUGGCCACGCCUUAUCUGCCUGGCUUUGCUGACUUCACUAAGCAAGCCAACCGAUUCCGGUCUUAUUCUGUCAACAACAAAGACAAGUACGCAGAUGAGGAGGAUGACUAUGAUGAUGAUAGUAUGGCUAUUGAGAGCCAAUAUGCUGCACAUCUCCAGGAUCAGCUAGCCGCUACUAACGCUGCUAUCCAUAGUCAUAAUCUAGCUGUCCAGGGGCUGCAGGCAUUUGCUUCUCAAGCAUCAGCCACUCGACCCCGUGCGCGAACGGCUGGUGUUCUGGAGCUACAAGGGGCAGGUUCAAGGUUAAUGCGUAACUACUACCCUACUCCCUCGCGUCUUGAUAGCUCGAUCACGGCCGCUGAAAUCCGAUUGCCGGAGGAGAAGGAAUUUGACGAUCUCCCUACAGCUAUGGCCGAGAUGAAUCUAGGCAGGUCAAACAGUCGGAACAACGGUCUGUUGACGGCUGAAGAGGCCGGUCUGGAGGGUCCUACGAGUGCUUUGUGGCUGGGUAGUAUUCCAACAUCAACCACCACGUCAACCCUAACUGAAAUGUUCAAGUCGUAUGGUCCAAUUCUAUCCGCAAGAGUGUUGACGCACAAGAACUGCGGCUUUGUCAAUUUCGAAAGGGUUGACAGUGCUAUUUCGGCCAAGGCGAGCAUGAACGGUAAGGAGAUCUUCCCUGGAGCUGGACCUAUCCGGAUCAACUUUGCCAAGCCACCUUCGGCAUCGAAUACACCUGGCCACGAUGGAGUGUUCCCGAGUCCCAGUCCCGAUCCAUUUGCAAAGAGCCAGGAUGGCACUACCCCUGGCACUGCCGGUCCUGCGGGAGAUAAUGCGAUGUCCGCAAACACGACCAACGCAGCGCCGGUGAUUCCACCUCUACGUGAAAUGACUGGAGACAUUCUGCAAAUCGUGAAGUCCUUCGGUGCAACUGACGAUGACACAUACCGUAUUUCCCACAACCUUCAGCAGGCUAUUCAGUUCACUACUUUUGUUGACGAGAUUCCCCCGAUUCGCGAGCCCACGCAUACCAGGGUACAUGACGCACCUAAGCUCAGAGAUAUCCGGAAGCGCAUUGACAACCAAAGUUUGUCUCAGGGAGAAAUCGAGCAUAUCGCAACUGAGAUGCUUUCCGAAAUCGCCGAGUUGUCUUCAGACUAUCUGGGUAACACCGUUGUUCAAAAGUUGUUCGAGCACUGCUCAGACAAUAUCCGGGAUCUCAUGUUAGCCAAGAUUGCUCCUCAUAUGGCUGAAAUCGGUGUGCACAAGAAUGGAACAUGGGCAGCUCAAAAAAUCAUCGACGUUUGCAAGACACCUCACCAGAUGACCUUGAUUGUUCAGCAUCUGAGAGCGUAUACUAUCCCGCUAUUCUUGGACCAAUAUGGCAACUAUGUUUUACAAGGAUGCCUCAAGUUUGGUGCUCCGUUCAACGAUUUUAUCUUCGAAACUAUGCUUAGCAAGAUGUGGGAUGUUGGUCAAGGUCGGUAUGGUGCUCGAGCGAUGCGAGCGUGUCUUGAAAGCCAUCACGCUACUAAAGACCAACAAAGAAUGCUCGCCGCUGCCAUUGCUCUCCACAGCGUUCAGCUGGCUACUAAUGCCAACGGUGCCCUUCUGCUGACUUGGUUCUUGGACACAUGCACCUUCCCUCAGCGACGUAGUGUUCUGGCUCCUCAGCUUGUCCCCUAUCUUGUCCACCUCUGCACACACAAAGUUGCCUAUCUUACAGUUCUGAAGGUUAUUAACCAGAAGUCUGAGCCAGAGGCAAGAGACACGAUUCUUAAGGCUCUUUUCUUUACCCCUAAAGAUCAAAUCUUGGAAGCUAUUCUGAGCGACCACUCUUGUGGUGCUACGCUGAUCUUCAAGGUCCUCACGACGCCGUUCUUCGACGAGAGCAUCAGGGGCCAGGUGGUAGAGAACGUGAAAAGUGUCCUCGUGCGCAUCAAGGCGCAACCUAACCAAGGCUAUAAGCGUCUAAUGGAUGAGGUUGGAUUAUCUACUCGAACCGGUGGCGGAGGAGGUGGAUCUCGCGAUCAUUCUGUGGGCAAUAACGCAUCGGCCGAGCGACAACGACCCUCUUCUCGCCAGGCCCAGUCGAAUGCCAACGCCGUGCAGCAGAAUUCCCAAUAUGGCAACCAAUACCUGAAUCCCCUGAAUCCCGCUAGUGGAGGCUCGAAUUUUGAUAUGGGUGGCUUUCCUGCUCCUAGAAGCGAGAGCGUGGAACCCGGCAUGUCUGCGUUCCCUUCGUACGGACCACAGGGCCCGAUGUAUAACGCAACCAGUGGAUCGAUGGCACCAGUAAACCUCCAGCAGAUGCAGUACCAGCAGAACAUGCUCCCACGUGGAACUCCGCCAAUGAACAACUAUUUCCCUCCUAUGCAAGCGGGCUUCGGAGGCUAUAACAAUGGAAGCCCCUCGAUGGAUCAAUACCGUGGCCAGAACGCGGCAAACGGUAGCCCCAUCCAGCCGCCCGGGGCUCCGGCCGGUUAUGCGCCUCCUGGUUUCAACAUGGGAGUGAACAUGGGAGGUUACGGGUAUGGUAAUGCCAUGCCUUACAUGCAGGAGCAACCGGUCAACGCCAGGCGCGGACGCAGAUGAUCUGACGAGUCAUCGUGACUGUUUCGCAUGAGAUUAGAUGCGUAUCUACAUCUUCGUGCAUCUACUUUACCGAAUUGCAUGGCUGUACCGAUAUGGGAGUUGGUUGGCUUAACAUAUUUGAUUUAUAUUUACAAGUUUGUGUGGCAAAAGCAGUUGUGGUCGACCCGUCGAGACCCAGCCUGGUACGCUGUGGAGGGCUGGAAACCACCC